AUGUACGUGAGCCGUGGUCGGCACCAUUGUCCAACCUCCUCUUCUUUGUUCAUCUCCGAAAUCACUGGUCCGCUGUCUGUCUUUAUUCCUCCAGCUAUAAUGGAUACUGGACAAGUCCUCGCUCAGCACCGCCCUGACCCGGAUACUCCGGCAAACAAGAACUCUGGAUGGACACAGAUCGGCCAGGUGGGAGGUACCGUUAGAACCUCCUACAAUUACCAUAAAAGAGCUGGGUCCCGAGGAACACGUCUCGGGUGA